AUGUGGAAGCAGUUCCUUGGUAAGCUCUCGGGGAAGUCGCCGAAAUCCGGCGGAGGCGGGGGCUGGGGAUCUCCGCCGCCCAAGUCCCCAAUGUCGUAUGACGUGAAUGGGAGGCAGUGGGACUCGAUGCGGGCGUCUCCUCCGCUCGCGGCUAUCGCCGGAGCGGAGGGGGAGACAAGGGAGGACGUGUUCCUCCGGAAGCUGAACGUCUGCUGCGUGUUGUUCGACUUCUCCAACGACCGGGGCCGGGACUCUCCGGAGAGGGAGAGAAAGCGGCAGGUGCUCAUGUCUCUCGUCGACUGCCUUGGCACGGCGGAGGAGCCCCUCACGGAGGCGAUGGUCUCGGCCUGUGUGCGUAUGUUUGCCAUCAACCUGUUCAGGGUCUUCCCGCCCAAGGUCCGGCCAGGCACCGGGGCAGCUGCCGAGGCUGACGAGGACGAUCCGUUCUUUGACCCCUCAUGGUACCACUUACAGGUCGUAUACGAGCUGCUCCUCCGGUUCGUCACCUCUCCUGUCGUUGAUGUGAAGGUGGCUCGCAAGUACAUGGACAAUUCCUUCAUCUCCAGGCUGCUUGAUUUGUUAGAUUCUGAUGAUCCUAGAGAAAGGGAUUGCCUGAAGACAGUAUUGCAUAGGAUAUAUGGAAAAUUCAUGGGUAAUCGGCCCUUCAUCCGCAAGGCUGUGAGUAAUAUCUUCUAUAGGUUUGUAUCCGACGCUGAUCGUCACAAUGGGAUUGCCGAACUCUUGGAGGUGUUUGGGAGUGUGAUUAGUGGGUUUGCGAAACCACUGAAGGAGGAGCAUAAGUUAUUUCUGUGGAAGGCAUUGAUUCCUCUUCAUAAACCGAAGACAGUGGGCAUGUAUCUGCCGCAGUUGACAUACUGCAUUACACAGUUUAUUGACAAGGAACCAAAGCUCUCAGGGACUGUGAUCAGAGGCCUGUUGAAGUACUGGCCAGUGACGAACAGUCAGAAGGAGAUGAUGUUCUUGGGGGAGUUGGAGGAGGUGCUGGAAUUGACAGAAAUGCCUGAAUUCCAGAAGUGCAUGGUCCCAUUGUUUCGGAGGGUUGCACACUGCUUGAAUAGCUCUCAUUUUCAGGUUGCUGAAAGAGCCUUAUUCCUGUGGAACAAUGAGCACUUGUUCGGUUUGAUCUCUCAAAACCACCAAGUUAUCUUGCCAAUCAUAUAUCCAGCUCUCGAAAGGAAUGCUCGUUUGCAUUGGAACCAAUCGGUUCUGAAUGUUACAAUGAAUGUCAGGAAAAUGUUCUUUGACAUGGAUCAGAAGCUGCUGUUGGCUUGUCAGAAAAAUUUCCAAGAGGAGGAAGAGAAGCAAGCCGCAACUGAGGAGCGGAGAAGGCUUAUAUGGGAGCACCUCGAGAAGAAUGCCGCAUUCCAUCCAGUAACCAGAGACAUCAGCUUUGCUGCUUUUCCUAAACCCGCUCCUCUGGUAGCUCCAACUAUGACAUAA